AUGUCCCAAACUGAUGUCGAGAAUGCCGAUAACACAAAAGAACUAGUAUCAUUCAAGUCAUUGGGAAUAAUAGAUCCGCUAUGUGAAGCUUGUGAGCAAGUGAACUAUAAGCAGCCAACUGAAAUUCAAGCCGAGGCUAUUCCUUGGGCAUUGCAAGGUAGAGACAUAAUAGGUUUAGCGCAGACGGGGUCAGGGAAAACUGCUGCGUUUGCAUUACCGAUACUACAAGCAUUAUGGGAUGCACCACAAGGACUAUUUGCUUGCGUAUUGGCACCUACCAGGGAACUGGCAUUUCAAAUAAGCGAAACCUUUGAUUCUCUUGGUUCAACGAUCGGCGUCCGAUGUGCGGUGGUCGUUGGCGGAAUGGACAUGAUGUCGCAAUCGAUAGCUCUAAGCAGAAAGCCACAUAUUGUUAUUGCUACGCCCGGUCGGUUACAAGACCAUUUGGAAAACACAAAAGGGUUCAGUCUGAGGAAUCUGAAAUAUUUGGUUCUCGAUGAGGCCGACAAACUCCUGGAUAUGGACUUUGGACCAGUAAUCGAUAAACUUCUCAAAUCCAUUCCCAAAGAACGAAGAACCUAUCUUUUUUCUGCGACUAUGACUACAAAAGUUGCCAAAUUACAACGUGCCUCCCUGACUAACCCGGUCAAGAUUGAAGUUUCAUCAAAAUAUUCUACAGUUUCAACUCUUUUGCAAUAUUAUCUCUUCUUCCCACUUAAACAUAAAGACUGCUACCUCGUCUAUCUCUGCUUCCCGGCCAUACCACUACAUGGACAGAUGAGUCAGACUAAGAGGUUGGGCGCAUUGAAUAAGUUCAAAGCUGGAAAUAGGAAUUUGUUGAUAGCUACUGAUAUUGCUAGCAGAGGCCUGGACAUUCCUUUAGUAGACGCCGUAAUCAACUUUGACAUCCCUCAAAGUUCCAAAGAUUACAUUCAUCGGGUCGGACGUACUGCUCGUGCCGGACGAUCAGGAAAGUCCAUUACUUUGGUGACUCAAUACGAUGUUGAACUCUUCCAACGGAUUGAACAGGUGAUUGACAAAAAGAUGGAACAGUUUCCACUAGGAGACAAGGGAGAGGUAUUAUUGUUGCAAGAGCGAGUUGCGGAAGCACAGAGAAUCGCCACGAUCGAGUUGAAGGA